GACGCAGGGAAACGCGGUAAAACGAUAUUCCGGUUUGUAGAAGGAGGGCAGCAGCAGCGGCAGUAGCAGCAUGGCAUCCGACAGCACCAUGGAUAACGUUAACGGACGAGAGACCGUUUCCCUGAACGGGGAGCCGAUAGUUAAGCGGCCACGGGAGAGUGUCUCGCAGGAGUGUCCUCUCCGUGUCCCGAAGGAGCCUCAGAACAAAGUGACCGUCGUGCUCGGAGCGCAGUGGGGCGACGAGGGCAAAGGAAAAGUUGUGGACUUGCUCGCAAUGGAUGCGGAUAUUGUUUGCAGGUGUCAGGGAGGAAACAAUGCAGGUCACACAGUGGUUGUGGACUCAGUGGAGUACGACUUCCACCUGCUGCCUAGUGGAGUGCUCAACAAGAAGGCUGUCUCCUUCAUUGGCAACGGAGUGGUGAUACACCUACCAGGUCUUUUUGAGGAGGCUGAAAAGAACCUGCAGAAAGGCAAAGGAUUACAAGGAUGGGAGGAGAGAUUAAAGAUAUCUGAUCGAGCCCACCUUGUGUUUAACUUCCAUCAAGCUGUUGAUGGAAUCCAGGAGCAGCAGCGGCAGCAACAAGAAGGGAAAAAUUUGGGAACCACCAAAAAGGGUAUCGGUCCGGCCUACUCCUCCAAAGCUGCUCGCAACGGCCUGCGGGUCUGUGACCUAGUCUCAGAUUUCAAGGUUUUUGAGGAAAAGUUCCGUAUGUUGGCAGAACAUUUCCUGACCAUGUAUCCAAAGCUUAACGUGGACGUUGACCGUGAACUGGAGCAGCUGAAGGGACUUGCAGAGAGACUGCGUCCUCUGGUGACUGAUGGCGUCUACUUCAUGCACAGAGCUCUUACUGGUCCCAGUAAGAAGAUCCUGGUGGAGGGAGCAAACGCUGCUCUGCUGGAUAUUGACUUCGGGACGUAUCCUUUCGUGACGUCUUCUAACUGCACUGUGGGAGGAGUGUGCACUGGUCUGGGCGUGCCUCCAUCAUACGUUGGCCGAGUGUACGGUGUCGUCAAAGCCUACACCACUCGGGUGGGCGUCGGCGCUUUCCCAACAGAGCAGGAUAAUGAGACUGGAGAACUGUUACAGUCCAGAGGGCGAGAGUUCGGUGUGACGACGGGCAGAAAGAGGCGUUGUGGUUGGCUGGACCUGAUACUGGUCCGAUACGCCCACAUGGUCAACGGCUUCUCUGCAAUUGCCCUGACAAAGCUGGACAUUUUGGAUACGCUGCCGGAGAUUAAAGUGGGCGUGGCUUAUAAGGUUGAUGGAAAAUCUCUACCAAGUUUCCCCGCGAACAUGGACGUUUUGACGCGGGUGUCCGUGGACUACGAGACGUUGCCCGGCUGGUGCUGCAACACGGAGGCGGCUCGCAGCUUCGAGGAGCUGCCGUCCCAGGCCCAGAGUUACAUUCGGUUCAUCGAGGACUUCCUGCAAGUGCCAGUGAAGUGGGUUGGAGUCGGCAAGUCCAGAGAGAGCAUGAUCAAACUGUUUUGAUCCGUCGGCGGAGCUGUUGUCCUCGUCACCACACAUUUCGGAUGAGGAUUUCCGGUUUUGAUAGGAUUACCAGAGAAGUUUAAACAUGCAAAAUCUCCUAAAGGAAAUACUUCACCAGCAAGGCUAUUUGUGAAACUUUAAAUUGCUGCUUGGGAAUCUCAUUUAAGAUCAUUUUUCUUGGGUAUAAUUUAUGCAUUCCACACAGUGUUUUCUGUAUUUAUUAGGCUGUUAACUUUUAAAAUUUGGUGGAAAUGGGUCGAUCAUUUAUUCAUUUAUUGCAUUCCUACAGUGAAGCGCUGUUGUUGUUGUUUUUUUUAGCGUUUGAAGCUUAAUCUUAAAGCGUAACUCGUCAAAAUGUAAUGUAGGGUCUUUUUGUGAAUGUACCCGAGUCAAACUUUUAUUUAAAAGCAUAUUUAGGAUGGAAGCGCCACUUUUAAGAUUUACCGUAUUCUCGUUUUGAAUGGGACUGCUAGGGGCACUACUAUGAUCACUAAGAAAAAUCACUAUAUCACUAAGAAGGCUGGACACAACAUGAGACUUACCGCCAGGGGCUCUACACAUGAACUCAGCAUUGAGAACAGUGUGUUCACAGUUUACUAAAAAAGGUUUAACAACUCACUGUAGCAGUUGUUGAUGCUGUCCGCCAUCUUGUCAGUCAAAAAGAGUCAAUCUCCGAAUGUGAGGAAAUGGCAUUCUUAUAUGAGGCUCAUUUUUUUUAACUACAAGGUCAAUAUUGUUUUUUACUAACGACAAAACAACAUUUUCCGUGCAUUUAUAUGGAACAAAGCUAGGAGCGUUCCAUCUUUCCUCUCCUUCCUGUCACGUUGCAUUCAGAAAUCGACUCUUUGACUGGCUAGAUGGACGGUGACCGGAGAAACCAACCGCUACAGGGAGUUGUUAAAGUUUCUUUUUAGUAAACUCUGUGUAUAGAAACUAUGUUCUCAGUGCUGAGUUCAUGUGUAGAGCUCCUGGUGAGACUUGGAGCAAAGUCUCAUGUGCUGUCGAGCCUUCUUAGUGUUUUAAAAAUAGUGAUUUAGAUUAGUGCUGUCAAAAGAUUCAAAUAUUUAAUCGCAUUAAUGUCAUAGGUAACUCGCCAUUAAUUGCACAUUUUAAAUGUCAAAAGGUGAAUCUUAAAAGUGGCAUUUCUGUCCUAAUUAUGCUUUUAAACAAGAGUUUGACUCGGGUACAUUCCCUGAAAGACCCUAGGUUGCAUUUUGGCGAGAGUUCUGCUUUAACUGAUCUGUUCUCCAGGUUGGUGUUUUCCACAUAUAUUUGCAGAGCCGUUGAUGAACAGAUGUUGAAGCCUUCGGAUUAAAGGGCACAACAAAAUAAAGCCGAGAUUAUUUUCAGACAGAUGAUUGGAAGCCACCGUGCGAUCAGUCUGACUUUUCUAUCGAACUAUUUUAAAACACUUUAAAAACAUGACUACAUCUCAGUUAAGUUUGUAACAAUUUUUUCAUGAUGUUUGUUGGAAUGAACAAUGUUUUUUUUAAAUCAUCCUCAAAAUGGAAAAUCAACACUUAACAACUGAAUUUGAAUAGAUGUUUUCUCAUAAUAAUAAUAAUAAUAGAGGAAAAGUAUGUAGAAAUGCCAUGUCCACAGAGACAUUGGCUCUUUUUGAGAAGUUUGUGUAAAUGAAAAAAAGAAAAGAAAGAAAUUGCCAAAAGGCAGUACGUUCCAGUGUUUCCUACGUCAUUUCAUUCAUUGUCAAUAAUGUAAAAGACUCUUACUCAGCUUGCUCUUACAAUAAAAGGAAACUAACCUUUA